AUGCCCUGCAUUGACAAGGGCAAAUUUGUGGAAUGCCAGCGUUUCGUCCAAUCGCUCCGCGCGGCUGGGGAUUCCGGCGACGCCGCGGUGGGCAGGAAGAUCCACGCACAGAUCAUCGCCAGUGGCUAUGGCGGCGAUCGAUUCGUGGCCAAUGCGGUGGUCCAGAUGUAUGGCCGCCUCGGGCUCGCCGAGGAAUCGCGCCGGGCAUUCCACGCGAUCCAGCACAAGAACGAGUUCUCCUGGGGCAUCGCCAUCGCGGCGUCCGCCGCCAGCGGCCGGAUCGACGAGGUGGAGCUCCUCUUCACCAGGACCCCGCAGCGCAGCGCCGUCCACUGGACGACGAUGAUCGUCGCCUACGCGCGCAAUGGCGAUCUGGAGAGGGCCAAAUCCCUGUUCGAAUCCAUCGGCGACGGGGAUGUGGUGCUCUCCAACGCGAUGGUCGCGAUAUAUGCCAGGAAUGGGUACCUCGAUCGCGCCAGGGCGAUGUUCCUGGCGAUGGCGCAGCGGAAUCUUGCGUCCUGGAACACAAUGGUGACAACACUUGCCAAAAAGGGGCAUUUGGAUCUUGCGAAGAAGUUCUUCGAGAGAAUGCCCGCGAGGAGCCGGUUGUCGUGGAAUUCCAUGGUCGCGACCACUGCCGAGAGUGGAGAUCUCUUUCACGCCAAGGAAUUGUUUGAUACGAUGCCGGAGAGAGAUCUCGUCUCGAAUAUCGUUUCGUGGAAUGCCCUUAUCACUGCUUAUGGAGUGGCCCUGAUGAUCGACAAGGCGAAAGAGAUCUUUCAGAAGGUGACGCACCGCGACGUUGUCUCGUGGACGGCCAUGGCGACGGCAUUUGCCCAGAACGGGAAUCUGGACGAUGCUCGGCGGUGCUUCGAAUCGAUGCCCGUGAAGGAUGUAGUGGCGUGGAACAUCCUUUGUCGGAGCUACGUCGCGCACGGCGAGAUCGACCAGGCGAAGCUCGAGUUUGAUCGGAUCCCAGAGAAGAACCUCGUCUCCUGGAAUGCGAUGAUCCACGCCUACACGCAGAGCCGCGCGCAAAGGUAG